CAGUAAUUGAUAUCAUCCGGGAACGUGUUUUAAGAAAAGAUGGCGGCCAACUCAAAGAAGCAGGUUGUAGGAGCAGCAAAUGCAACCAAAGCAUUAGACGAAGAAGACUCGGUUGUCUUCGUGUACGACCGCAGAAAAGGCAAUGAACCAGAGAGGAAAAUUGACAUUGGAGGGGUGUUCAAUUUUCCGACGUUUAAGGAGCGUAUUCGGCAGGAAUUCAACAUUAGCAACAACAUCCAUUUUGUGAUAGCAACAACAAACCGAGAGGAAAUAAAAGACAAUGGGGGAUAUGAGGAACUUAUUGAUUCUGGUGACACACUAUACAUCCUCAAUCACAUCAAUCAGAAUCUGCCAGCCCCUGCCAAGGAGAGAGUGGAGUUCCUGCCUCACUAUGACACACUGGUCAAGAGCGGAAUGUAUGAAUACUAUGCCAGUGCAGGACAAAACCCCCUGCCAUUUGCCUUUGCAGAGUUAAUUGAUAAUUCCCUGACAGCAACUUGCGACAAUCUGGGACCCAGGACAAUUGAACUAAGAUUGUUUUUGGAUGAAUCAGGAGAUAAGAGUAUGAUUUGUAUCAUAGACAACGGCAAAGGCAUGACAUCCAGGCAGCUAAACAACUGGGCCAUCUACCGUCUCUCCAAAUUCAUCCGCAAAGAGAGGAGACCGAAACAGACUGAUGAUGAUGACAACAGGUCCAAUUCACCUGCCAACGAAGCGGUACCUCGUUCACUCACAAGCGACAUCUCAUACUUUGGUGUUGGUGGCAAACAAGCCAUAUUCUUCAUCGGCCAAGGCACAAGGAUGAUCACAAAGCCUAAAGACUCCAGAGAUGUGCACGAACUGACAAUAUCCAAGGAGGAGUUUGAGAGACGAGAGAAGAAUCGGGAGUCCAUCUACAGCGGUUUUAUCAGCAACAGACCAGUGGGCGAUGCUCGUCACUUGGGCAGUGAUGAUCAGAACCUGAAGAAUUUGAUCAAAGAAGAAAUCGGCAAGGAGAGUUUCACUCAUGUCAUCAUCACCGGUAUUAAUUCACACCACAUACACUAUCUCAAGCAUGACUUCGUGGGAUGGUGCCGACAACUGGCGCAUAUUUACCAUUACUACAUCCAUGGUCCCCGUGGCAACGAAGCCUCUGGGUUGGGGAACAAACGGCCCAUAAGCCCCUUCAAGAAUAUCGACAUCACCGUGGAGAUUCACGAACGAGGCAAGACGCCGCGUGUUAUCAGCCUCCGAGAUAUCAAGGAUGAUAUGCAAACAAAGUACAUCCGUAGUGCUAUUGACUCGUUUGAAUUCCGAGCCGUAGUGGAAGGCACUGGAAUUGUUGAAGGGAUUCUGAGAUAUCAUCCAUUCCUGUAUGACAAGGAGACGUUCCCUGCUGUAGAUUCAAUUCCUGGAGUUGAUGGAGACGUUAUUGAGGAGGAAGACUAUUAUAAUGAGGACAGACCAGCUAGAGGAAAUCGACCCAUCUUUGAAUGUUACUGGAGUGGAAGACUCAUCCCUUACACAUGCGUUGAGAAUUUUGACUGGUGUUCCGCACCUAAGAAGCGGGGGCCCAUCCCUGUGGAGUGCUACAACAGAAUCUCAGGGGUGCUGUGGACCAAUGACAAGUUUGAAGUCAGUACCAACAAGUUGACCUUCAUUGACCUGGAGGUCAGACUGAAGGAUAAAAACACAAUCUUCCAGAAGAUUGUCCUGGGCCAGGCCCAGCGCGUGAAGAUUGACCGUCAGUUCCAUGAAUGGUUGAGGGAAUGUCAUGAGACCUAUGACAAGCAGGUAAAAUUCUGCAGCUUUGAGGGAGCCAUCGCCCGGCCAGAGAUCGCCGUCAAGAGACAGCAGUCGCCCUGGGCCGUCUACAAGGCCAUCGAGUGGGACGGUAAAAUCUUCAAGAGAGGCCAGCUGGUACGGACGUUUCGUACUGUUCCCAUCAUCACAGGUACCAUCAAGCGGUUUCUCCUGUAUGGACACCAUGAGGGGGAUGUCUUUGCCACAGGUGGAGAAAUGGAGAUUGCACAGGAGCCAAAAUUGCUCUACGAUGAGGUGAAGGUCGUCCCCCUGUCCAAGUUGGAUCGGUCAGCUAAUGACAGGAUCUUGAAACGAUUCAUCGAGGAAGAAGAGGGAAAGUUGCCAGAGAAACUGAUUGUCACCUGGCCUGAAGGUAACCAAGUCAAGCAAGGAGACAGGAUGGCUGCUGGAAGCACAGUUGGCGCCAUCCAAGUGGACAUCAAGAAUCGUAAAGGCGAGUCAAUUUCCCGCCUUCCCGGAUCACACCUUGCUGCUAAGAAACUUUUGGUGGAACUCAAAGUCAUCCUACACACUCCCAAUGGUGAGGAGGAGCUGGUCUCUCAUCUUAGUCAGUACGUCAAGGCGUGGUCCUAUUGGUUCAAGAGAAUGGAGAACAUGAAGAAUCUUGGGGAUCACACCAUCAAGAUCCAGGUUGUCCUGAAUGAGAGUGGAGUAACAGCGUUUGGCGGUAGGCCACUGCCCAACCACAAGAUCAAAUUCAGCAUCACAGAGGCUCCACCCAGCAAAUUCAGCGUGGGAUUGUUGGACCCGCCCUUCAGAGUGGGUGUUCCCUUCAACAUCCCACUGGAACUCCAAGAUGAGUUCAACCACUCCACCAAGCCGGUGCCCAACAUGAAGCCGGUCCUUGAGGCAAGCGGUCUCGAGCUGAGCUACGCCGGCGUGCAAGCCAGAGGAACCACACUGCUCGUCAAGGAUGUGACGGCCAUCGGUGAUGUAGGCUCCUUUCAGGGAAAGAAUUUUAACUUCAAAGUGACUCUCCCAGGCCUGGCCUUCCCAACACAGACCCUGAAGAUAAGACUAUCUCCAGGUCAACCUCACUCCCUUCAUGUUCCUACAUUCGUUGAAGAGAUCUCCAUUGAGAAUGGUCAGGCACUGAAUGUGACGAUCGAGGUUAGAGACAAGGCAGGGAAUAUCACUGUCCACCCAAAGCUGGAUGUCACCUGUAAGUUCCUUGGUGCUCCCGGGUUGCCAACAUACUGUGGCGAUUGUAGCACAGGAAAGACUACGCUGACAGGCAACAUCAUCUUCUUCAAGAACCUGAAGAAAGGGCAGAAGAUAACGGCCAAAGUCUGGCUCCCGAAUUUCAGUGACAUCUCACCUAUUGAGAAGGUCAUCCAAGUCCUACCCAAUUCCAAUCCUCACUACAUUGACAUGUGGUACACAGAAAACUCAGGGUCAACCAAACUCAGACAUCAGCAGGAGUUGAGAUGGCCGGCUGGAGACCACAUCAAGGGAAUUUUGUUUGCCUUGUUUGAUGAGGGCUUCCGACAGAUCAAGAUCAGCCCAGAGAUUGCCAGCAAGGUCAAGGUCAGCUGGAUGCCCAGACUCAGUCAUGAGAAGGUGCAGCAAGGAAUCUUGCCUGACAUCAAGGUGCCUGCCUCGGCCGCUGAGGCUAAAUAUGUCCAGCUCAGUCUAUCGGAUGGAUCGGGUUUGGAGUUUGGCUUCACAAUCAGACCUGAGCCAGGUGAAGUCUCACAGAUCAAGUGCGUUUGUCAGGGCAGCAAGAAGGUUCGGUUGGGAGAGGUCUUGGAUGGAGACAUCAUCGUCAAUGUGACAGAUUCUCAUGGGAACCCAAUCAAGAAGGUUCCCCACGGAGCUCUCAGCCACCUGGAGGUGACGGGGGAAGGUCUGAAGACCAAGCAGCUUCAGAAGUUCAUUAUACCCAAUACGGGCUUUGCCUUACGUCAAGUCCGCUUUGAAGGGGGUCCAUUAGGACAGCGUGAGCUGUGUGUUAAGUACCAUGACUUCACAGAGUAUGUGAAGCUACAAAUGCUGGCUGGACCACCCACCAAGCUAUCAUUCAUCGACACUUCUCUCUAUGAGCCCGUGUCAGUCUUCAGUGGUUCCAGGAUAGACAAGAACUUGACCGUCCAGCUCUGUGACGAAAAUGAUAAUCCCACCUCUGACACCAAUGCCCGCAUGACACUAACGGGUUCCAGCGGCUUGGAUAACGUCAACCUGCAGAUGAAAGCUGACAAGGACGGCCGGGCAGGAUUUGGCAGGCCUAUCAUCUCAGCUGCCACUGGCCACCAUAAGCUGACCAUCAAGGCCAUUGUUGGCCGGAAUGUGCUGGUCAGCACAGUGGACAUAUACAUCCAGCCUGACCCUAACAAACCAACCGCGGUCUUUGUCGAGUUUGAAAAAAUACCGUCACUGAUUGUUGGAGACUUCUUCCCAGCAUUCGACGUGAGAGUAGAAGCAGAAGACGGUAGUGUGUUCCUGAAGCUGCCUCCCAAGAACGUCCUGAUGAGACUCUGGAAAGUUGACACCUCCUCCCAGACCAAACCCUCCCCAGAAGCAGUGUCAUAUGUCCCAGACAACAGGCAGCAAGAUGACAAACCUGGACACUUCUACUUCAGGAAGAGGAAGGCCCCAGAAGUUGCUGGCCAUUACAACAUGUUCUUCCAGGUCAUGAUAGGCCAUCAGGACACCAUCAUUAGUGAAACACUGAGCUUCGUGGUCCAUCCUGGCCCACCAGUCAAACUGGUACCCGACAGCCAUCAGCCCAUGGUCACUGUGUCCAACACUCAGAAAUCACUCAGUCGAUCACUAGUACGAACACUCAAGUUACAACUCAAGGACCAGUAUGGCAAUGCUACAGGAAGCAAUGUCUCAGGGAAGGUAGUGGUCAGCCUGUGUGGUGAUGGAGGCAAUGAACUGCCCAUGCUGGUGGGCAACAAGUCUUCAGCUGAGUUCAGCAUGACCAAAGGGGUGGUCACGGUCCAGAAUCUAGUCCUCCAGGAGAGCACCCCAGGUAAAGAUGGUGGGGAGUACUCACUGAAGGUGGAAGUGCAAAGCCCUCAACUCAAACCAACCAACGUGGAUCCUUACGUCCAACCAUUCCUCUUCUACAACGAUGCCAGGAAGCAGUACCGCAUGUCCCAGUUGACCAAGGAGAGAGACACACUGCUUCAAACCAUCAACGUCUUCCAAGGUUUCUUCCAGACGACCGACAAGCUGAUUGCGGAGAUGAAAAUGUCGGUCCAGGAAGCACAGCACAACGAGAACCAAAUCAAAUCUGAACUCAGGAAAUUGCUGAUCCAAACCAGCCAAGUCAACACAGUGGAGACUAUUCAGAGGUUAUUAAGUGAGGCUCAGCGACAACGAGAAACAAUGCUGCAGUUACCGCGACGGAAAUGUGAACUGAGCAUGUACGUUGACAUGAAUAGCAACCCGGCAAUACUUGGUAAAAUCGGUCAGUUGGCGGAGGUUGUGGACGACACCAUUGCCCACGUCCUCUCUUGGCACAUGUUAACAGACAUGGAUUGCCUGGUAGUGAGGACUUCGGAAGCAGCCAUGAAGGUCUACCAGGCCACCCAGGGACGCCAGCAAGUCCUCCCUCUGGAUUCCAUCUUCAGAAAGAGCAUCCCCAACUGGAACAGGGAGCUGCCUCACACCCGGUUCCUCAGGACUUACCAACCUCCAGGAAACCCAGUCUUUGCCAGACACCUGUUGCAAUUCCCAGCCCACGAGGAAAGCUGUAGACUAGUCUUUGGCCAGCUCCUUGGUGAUGUAAUCAUCCUGGACACUUUGGAAGAUGCUACAGCUUACCGGCGUGAGAUUGUCAACGUAACGCCCUGUCCAACCCUGCUGACGAGGGACGGAAAUCGUGUCAAGAGCAACGGCAAGUUUGGAGGAACUCACAACCAGUUCUUGCCCUUAGAGAAAAUGAAGGGGGUGAUAUUUGGAGCGCCGAUUCCUGAAGCGUGCCAUCAACUUUCCAAACAGAUAGAGCUGCUUGAGAGUCUCCUGCAGGCGACACAGAAACGCCUUGAGGUGGAGCAAGAGCUGACGGUGCAAGAGGAGGAACAGAAGUCUGCGUCCAUGCGGAACAAACGUAGGGAGUGUCAAGAGGCAGUUGAACAACUAGCGCUGGUGGAGAAGAAACUCGGUAUGAAUCAGUCGUCAGCAGAGGGCGAUGUUGGUCCAGAGAGGUCUGGUCGCCUGACUCCUCAGCAACAGCAGCAAGGUAAGCGUGUGCGUUCCUCGUCACGAUCCCCUGUGUCGUCGGUCACGGAAGAAAGCUCCCCGUCUACUCGAUCCCGUCGAACUCCCGUCUCUGGGUCAACAGGCUCUACUAAGAGACGGAGAUGAUACACUCAAGCAUGACAUCCGGUUUGAAUCGCAAAUACCCUGAAUUUUAAUUGUUUACUCCCCUAUAAAAACUAUCGACAACUUCUAGUUGGCUAGUUCUUCAUUACUGUUCUCUAUGGUUGUUAGGCUUUUGCCUUAAGAAGUUUUGUGAGGAGAGUGGAUUCUAAUAGGAUAUUUACAUAUAAUGGAUUUUUUUUUAGAAGGAAAACAGGCGUUUUAAUCCUGUUUUCAAACAAGCGUCGUUAAUACUCAAAAUAUUUUACAGCCACUGUUUAUCCUGUCUUUCUGUCAAAUUCUGGAAAAGUAGCAACUACCCAACGCUUCCAAAAGUAACUCAGUGAAAGUCAAAAGCCACUGCUACAAGUGAUACCUUGCUGAACAAAAAUGUAAUCAUUAAGAGUAAACAUCAAAUGAGUCCGUUGGCUCAAGUAGUGACAAAACGGCCACUUAUCCCACUGUUGUGAAUUUGUGUGUGUUGAAGAAAAGUGUAUAUAGUUCUUUGCAGUCUUCAAAUGACAUGGAAGUUGAAUUUACUCAAGUGUUCAAAGAUUUGGAUUCUUUGUUUCCUCUUUUUAGCAAUGUAAGUUUUAAGCAACUGGAGUGUAAAUAGAUUGUUUACAUGUAAACGUGACAAUUGAUCUCCUCUGAAGCAAUGUUGGAGAUGUCAUUUAGUUUUGUGAUGUUUUAGGUUUGGGACAAGAAAAGUGCUACCUGGCCCACUGUGUUGCUGAAAAAAAGUUGAAACUUUCAUCUUCGGCCAGUAGUGUUUUUGUGAGAGCUAAUAGAUUCCUGCAUUCAGAUGUCAUGUUGAUACCUCAAAGGUUCCGUCUCAACCCUGUUGGAGGAAGUCUUUUUUUUCUUAUUGGUGAGUGCGUACAUCAGCUGAGAAUGGCAUCAUCUCCAGCUGAGAGCUGAUAACAUUAGCUUAGCUCGGAGCUUAUUCGCAAUUCCAUUCAAAUAGUCCUCUUCAUCAGAGCAAAGUAGGGGUGCGCUGAGCCCCUAGACCAGCCAAGUUUGCAGUCUGUCGACUUCUAAUCCAAUGCAGCCCUCAACUCUUCACAUAGUUAACUGUAAAUAAUUCUGGUCGUGUGUGUUCCCUCUUUGUCUGUUACUUUCAUGUUUUAAGGUUGAUUUCCUUGUGUUUUCUACCCCUGUAAGUUGGGUUUGGCAUUAGUUAGAACUGUGCAAGGCUUGACAGAAUUGUUCAAGUACCAGGAACAGUUUUUAUGUAACGUUUGAUACGUUGUUGUGUUUUAAAAAAGGUUUUUAAAAGGGCUUUGAGAUCAGUGCAGAUUCAUACUUGACUGUUUCUUUUCUGUAGAUAGAUUUUUGUUUGAAAGUUACAAUACUUCUUAGUUAGCAUUCGGGUCGUGAUAUUUUGUUGAUAUUUCAUUAUAUUUAAUUGAUCAUCUUCACCCGUUAGCAAAAGCCACAUUUUCAGAUGCUGUGUGCACUUAUCAAGUUCAACCAACAGCACUUUAAAUGAGCAUGGUUGUCGUUUCUCUGAUUAACUUAAUACACACUUUUCAUUUCUGUGACCUUAAUCUAUCAUAUUCUAAUGCAGAAUCACAUCUGUGAAGUUGGGAAUUUCUGUGUUUCUUUGCAUACAAUUUGUACAUUUCCAGCAAUAAUGAAAUCUAUUGUAAAUACUAUCGUUACAUGCUUCCCUUAAUCUCACUGCCUAAAUUGGACCAUAAAUUUGGUCAAAAUGUCUGGCUGUUACCAAUGAUAAACUCCAGUUUAUGGUUAGUUUUGGUUAAUUUAUGUGCUUGUUCAUUUGCGAUUCUCAUGUGAUCAGGAUUAAAGUUGGCAGGUGAAACUGCUUGAUUCAUACCACAGUACUACCACACACCAGGCGAAUAAUCAA